AUGGCUGCCCUUUUGAGUGUGCUCUGUGUUGUGUUGGCUGUGAUGAAUAGCUCAGCCAAAAUAGCAGCUAGGGAAUUCAAAGUGGGUGGCGAAAUGGGUUGGCAUGAACCUUCCCCCAACGACACUGCAUUUUAUAAUCAAUGGGCUUCAACCAACAGGUUUCAAGUUGNUGAUUCUUUGGUUUUUGAGUACCAGAAUGACUCAGUUAUGAAUGUGGAGAGAUGGGAAUACUUCCACUGUGACUCAAACAACCCCAUCAGUGCAUUUGAUGAUGGCAACAGCACAGUGAUUCUUGGUAGCCCUGGGAUGUUCUACUUCAUCAGUGGAACUGAAGAUCAAUGCCAGAAAGGGGAGAAAUUGAUGGUAGAAGUCAUGUCAUUGCGCUCAGUUCCGUCACCAUUGCCUCAAGGGUUUCUGACUUCAGUUUUUUCUUCUAUUUUCUUCUUCUGCUAA